AUGUCAAGUGAUAAAGUAAACCGUCUAGCGGACUUUCACUCCGCUCCGGUUAUUCCUAAAGGGAAUGUCCUCACCGCGUGGGCUGUCCUGACGAACAGUAUCAUCGGUGCAGGAAUGCUCAGUUAUGCGAGCGCUCAAGCUGUCUGUGGGUGGGUAUUGGGUAUCGUCCUCCUACUCAUUUUCGGCCUGUUGUCUUACUUCUCGCUGCAUCUGAUAAGCAGAUGUGCCAUGAAGAUGCCCGGCAAGAGGCUUAGUUACAGUACCUUUGCUGUGGCUGCUGGUUAUCCAAGGAUGCCUCUAUUCAUUGACACCCUCAUGUUCAUACAUAACGCCGGCAUUGAUACUGCCUACCUGCAGGUCUUUUCUAGCCUUGGUCUGGCCCUGCUGGAGAACUGGGCGCCUGGCUCAACUAGCGAGAAUAGAUUUUGGAUCCGAGUUGGUCUUAUCGCCCUCAUCAUCGCUCUGCUCUCCCCAGUUUGCUUUCUGAAGCAAAUCACCAACACGACGAUCACUAAUGUCAUCGGUCUCAGCUGCUUCCUCUAUGCGAUAGUAGCUGGUGUCGCCUACUCCUUCAGUGUAGAUGAGCAAGUCGGGGAGCGCUACGUUGGUAUACCACCGACUACUACCGUUUGGUCGAUUUUGUCGGUUUUCCCAAUCUUCAUUUUCGGCUACUCGUGUCACUUUGUCAUGCCCCUGGUCGCAGAAGACAUGGUCAGGCGAAACAUGAGGAAGCUAGAUCUCGCCGCUCUACUUGCGGUCACUUCCGUGGUUGUGGUAUACCUUUCAGUCAUGGUUGGUCCCUAUUACGCUUUUGGGGAUACUAUAGAGUCGAAUUUCUAUCUCAACUUGCCGGUCUCUAACGUCGCCAUCCACAUCGGAUACAUCGCUUUGCCGUUUGCCGUGCUCACUGCCUUCCCAUUGCUCCUGUUUCCGGCCAGGCAAUCUAUCAGCAGUGUCAUAACGUACUUCCUCCCCAAUCUGCAAGACACGCUCAAAUUGCAUAUCGGAACGACAAUAACCUUCCUGGUUAUCUGCACUGGUCUGGCAAUCAUCUUUGAGGAUCUCGGUGUCACUAUUCAGUUCAUCGGCAUCAUCGGUACCAACUUCCUCGCUUUUGUAAUACCAUGUUUCGUCUACCUCAAUAUCUGUUACAAUUCGAUGUCGAACCCCUCCGAACAACCCGUUAGUGAAGAGGUGGGAGGCUUGAACUACUCUCCGGAUGUUAAGGAUGAUGAACAACAAGAGAAGGUUAGCCUCCUCAAGAAGCUGCGGAAUCAAACCCUUGAGUGGCACGGUGCACUAGCCCUCUUCAUUAUCAGUCUUAUAUUCUUCCCAUUGUGUCUUACUGGGUUGUUGUACGAACUUACCACCAACUGAUUGGCUGGAACUGAGCGGAUCGGUAUACAAAACGACAAAUCGUCCGUACACUCAGUCUCUAGCAGAUCGGAUUUUCAAUUUCAUUUGAGAGGAUUUCAUCCUCCCAUGUAAGGUAGAGGAUGUCUAUAGUAUUCGCGGAGUCAACGUCAUGCUGUCGUCGGUGUUCUACAAUAUAGCAUACACCAAUCUCAUGUCGUUUGUCUUUUUUUGUCUAACAUUUUCUUGAUACCGUCGUCGUGAUUAACGUCAACGAUUCGGAGAUCAUUUUUCUGGCGGAUCUUGAUCCCCUAGUGACACUCUUU